AUGAAAAAUCUUCCUAAAUCAGUAUCAAAUUCACAAUUAACAGUACAACCAAUGACAAGUAUCGAACGUGAAAGAGCUAUAGAAAUAACAAAUAAGAUAAAAAAGAUACCAAUUGCCUCAUUUUUCUUGAAGCCAGUAGACCCUGUUAAAGAUGGACUUCCAAAUUACUUGAUUAAGAUUAAGCCAUCUUAUCCUAUGGAUCUUGGAACUGUUUCAACGAAAUUAGAGAAAUCACAAUAUACUACAAUAGAAGAUUGGAAAAAAGAUAUGGAAACUAUUUGGAAAAACGCAAUGACAUACAACCCAGUGGAAAGCCCUUACUAUGCAGUAGCUUCUGAGCUCCAACAAAUCUUUAGAAGAAAAUCCAAUUUUGUACCUAAAGUUGAGGCUGAUUUAUGGAUUCACAAUUUGCAGAAAUUGAAUAAGAAGUUCAAAUUAUACUCUAACUAUAAGCUAAUGGUUGCUAAUCCUCCACAAAUUAAGCAAACUACUGUUAAAAAAGGAAAACAAAAAGAAUAG